CUUUCAUUUCAGAUUAGAAACUAGAGAGGAUUGCGCACCAUCAUUCUACAAUUGUAAAGGUUGUUUUUUUUCCUCCCCAGACAUGAAAGUGCUUCUAGUUGCUGCAGUGGUCGCCCUGAUUUAUGGCAGUUCUGCCACUUUGCUCAUUAAAGGGCCAACGCAGACGGUUCUGGAGGGAGAUCGGGUCACACUAGAGUGUCAGCUCUCUGACUCUGAACUCAACAUCAGCCAGGUCCACUUUGAAAAGUUCUACAGGUACAUGCAGGGCUGGCAUCCAGUUCUUGAGGGAUUUUGGUGCAGGAAUUCGGCGACUAUCAGUCGGACCCCAGACAGACUGUUGCUGGACAUCCCCUAUGUAAGCAGUAACUAUGAGGGGCCUUACCGCUGUGUGUCCGACGCCGAAAAUGUGACCGCUCCAGACAACUCCUCCCUGCCGCUGACCUUCAAAGUGCAUUAUCUGGGUUACGUAUCGCUGACUAGGGAAGGAUACACCAGCUACUUUGAUGCCCCGAAGGAGCUGAAGGUGCAACUCGGGGAGGACGUGGUGGUGAAGUGCUCCACCAGGUCGUCAGAGAAGCCCACCUACUUGUGGAAUAAAGACGGUGACGACUGGAUCCUGCCUUCCUCUACGCUGACGCUGAGGAAGAUCACAGCGACGGAUGCAGGACUGUACACUUGCAUGGUCCAGCAUCCCACUGUGGAGUCACUCAGCAAGAACCGCACCAUCACCAUCACUGUGCUGUCUAAGGAUUCCCGCUGGUACGAGUCCAGUAAUGGCCGUCUCAUUCUGAUGACCGCAGCAGCGGCCGUCUCUCUCCUGGUGUUCAUCCUCUCCAUGAGUGUGUUCAUGUGCCGCAGGGCCAGACGUGCCAAUACCUGCAAAGGACCCAUUGAUGACCGGUCUCAGAAGAAGCCCAUCUACAAAGCCAGUGUGGAGUCCCUGCCCUCCACCUGUGCAGACAAACAACCUCUGGUUUGACUGCACAGGCAGGUGGAAGGAUGAUGAGGGGGAUGGGGAGAUGGAGCAGGAGGCAUGGAAGAUGGAGUGGAUGACCAGAAAAUGAGGAAUGGCAUAGAGGGGAAACUUAAAGAGGGAGGAGGAUAAGGGAUCUGGAUGGUCACAUUGAGGCAGGAGACAUGGAGGAAAAGAGGAAAAGAGGGAUAUUUGGAGACGGUAGGGAAGGGAGAGAGAAGCUGGUGGUGGGAAAAAAAACUUUGUAGGCUUAAGGGCAAAAUACUGCAGUUAUGUGUCUUGGACAAAAAGGUGGGCAAUUUUCUCUUCAUUUAUUCUGCACCGCGGAAAAUGUUGUGCUCCAUUCUUAGCAAAAUGAUGGGAGAUUAAUCUUGUGUACUGUAAGAGCUGUAAAGACUCAAUACGCAAUUCUCUCUUUUCUGUUGUAAACAUAAUUGCUCAGCUAGGUAAUAUGGGUGCCAUUUGGGUGAUAGAACAAGGUGUUAUUUUGUUGAUUUGUUUCCCAUUCAACCUCUUUUUCCCAAAGCAGAAGCAGCUCAAAGCAUCUGUGAGAAGGUUAUAAUAACCUUUUCACUGUGACAGCUCUCAAGCACAUUGCACUCUACUAUUUUAUUUACUGUACUGUGGAUUGCUUUGAUAUUAAAUGGCUUUCAGAAAAUA